AUGGAAGGACCUUUCACCUUCUUGCCCGUGAACACCAACUCGAAUCUGAAGGCGCGCGUCCAGCAAAAAGUCGGAACCCACGAAUGGAAAGAUAAGAUGAUCCCAAAUCGCCCCACUACUGCCGAGGAACAUGCAGACGGCAAAGACGACGAUGAGUGGUAUGAUACUGUAUCCGCAUCCUCCGAAGAGGCGCACCAUCACCACACACCACUCAAGAAGACCAAGAGGCUGAACAAAGCCGACGUGAACCAAAGCCUCGUCUCUGUCAAGUCCAUAUCUCCAGAGGAAGAACAGGAAUUGUUACCCUACAUGCCCGCGCUAUUCGGUACCGAUCUUCCACCAUGCGGCCUAGAGCCUCAGGUUGCAUAUGAGAUCGUAGUUGCGCGACUGCGCGAGAGGUGGUUGAAUGCGAAAGGCCGCCGCGGCGUCAUCGACAUCUGCCAGGAACUCCGGGAAUUGCUGCGAGACCAGGAGCACCUGUGGCCGCCUUUCAUGCUCAAAGGUGUCAUGAAGAAGCGCAAGCCGUGGCGUCGCGAGCCUGUGUUCAAGUAUGAGCUCUACUGGGCUGAUUACUUCGUUCGCGAGGCAAAUGAGCAGGCCCCGGCGUUGAUGACUGAAUCCGAACUCAUGGAUCGAAGGAUGCAGUCUGCAGUUCCCUUUGAGUUGAAGUUCAAUGUUGAUCGAUCUGACCUGUUGAAGUUGUGGGAAGACUGGAACAACAAGAAGAGGGCCAAAACGCCUGCCUUGCCUGGUAUCGAUGAAGAGACGGUAGUAGAGGGGCAGCACGCGGCUGACGAGACGAUCGAGCGGGUGAAGAGCGGGAACAGCGAGGGCUCUGACUCUGCACCUAAGUCUGUAGACUCAUCGCAGGCGACUAUAGUCCACCAUCCUGGUCCUCAGGGUGCACCGCCGCCCGAAGAUGCAUAUCUGUGGUCGCAAGGCGGCCACGACUGA